UUCGAACAAAACCUCCCAUCUCUCCCCCUCUCCUUCGAUCCUUUCUCUCCGAAGAAGAUUAGACGCUAUAACCAUUCUUCGAAACGAUGUCGCGUUCCCCGUCUUUGAGGAAAUCAUCGUGCCUUUCGCUGAGGUUAUCGAGAUCGUUAAGAUCACUUACCAAAACGAAGUCAUUGGGUAUAGUCUCCAUGGCGGCUGAGGAGGAGGCGGCUCAACUGGAUUCUUCUUCACCGUCAUCUCCUUCGGAGGAGGGUGGGGAAUCGUGGUCGACGAUGCUGCCGGAGUUGUUGAGCGACAUCCUAGGGCGCGUGGAGGCGAGUGAAGAUCAGUGGCCACUAAGGCAAAACGUCGUCGCCUCCGCCUGCGUAUGUAAGAAGUGGAGGGAAGUUACCAGAGAUAUUGUUAAGGCUUCACCUGCUUGUGGAAAAAUCACUUUUCCUUCUUGUCUUAAACAGCCUGGUCCCCGUAAUUUGCCAAACCAGUGUAUUAUAAAGCGAAACAAAAAGGACUCUACGUUCUACCUGUACCUUGCUCUUUCACCAUCAUUUACCGAAAUGGGGAAGUUUCUAUUUGCUGCUCGAAGAUAUCGACAUGGUGCUCAUAUUGAGUAUAUUAUAUCCCUUGAUGCUGAUGACCUAUCCCAAGGCAGUAACGCCUAUGUUGGGAAGCUAAGUUCAAAUUUUCUGGGCACCAACUUUACUAUCUUUGAUAGUCGGUCACCUCACAGUGGUGCAAAGCCUGCAAGCAGUAAAGCCAGUCGGAGAUUUGCAAGUAAGCAAAUCAGCCCCCAAGUUCCAGCUGGCAAUUUCAAGGUCGGUCAAGUAUCUUACAAGUUCAAUAUCUUGAAAUCAAGAGGUCCUAGGAGAAUGGUUUGCUUGAUAAAAUGCCCUUUGCCAGAAGAGAAGGCCGAUGACAAGCAUUUAGAUGACACCGAGAUGAAAAUGCCUGCGAAUGCUGCCUCUGCUCAUACAGUUUUGAAGAACAAAGCUCCAAGAUGGCAUGACCAUUUACAAUGUUGGUGCUUGAAUUUCCAUGGUCGGGUGACAGUAGCAUCGGUGAAGAACUUUCAGCUGAGUGCGACUGUAGACCCGAGCCAACCAGGAGGGAAAGGAGACGAGGAAACGGUUGUCCUCCAGUUUGGGAAGGUAGGGGACGAUACAUUCACCAUGGAUUAUAGGCAGCCCUUGUCAGCCUUUCUUGCUUUUGCCAUCUGUCUUACCAGCUUUGGUACGAAAUUGGCUUGCGAGUGAUUUUAUAUUGUUAUGUUACAUAUAUAAGUUUCAUGCUUACAAGAUUUGGUUUUGAUGGGACAAAGGCAAAUCAUGUAAAUGUUCCUAUUGUAUCUUAACAUUUGUCUGUAACUUUUGGCUGCAAAUAUAUUUAUCAUACAGUU